AUGAAGCUAAUUGCAAAAAUUGGUGGUCUACAUACUGGCCCAUUUUACACAAUCCCAUCAAAAAUCAUCAGAAAAUUGUUUCAGCCUGUCAAGGACACUUACAGUCAGGCUAUUCCUGCAUCAAUACCAGUCCCAUCAUAUGUGAGCAGUGGCGUGAUUACUGGCCCUAGCCAGCCAGAAAUCAAGACAGCUGACCAGAUCAAGAAGAUGAAACCUGCUUGCCAGCUAGCUGCAUCUAUUCUUAGAACUGUUGGUGAUAACAUAAAAGUUGGUAUGACAACUGAAGAUAUCAACACAAUUGUACACUCAAAAUGUAUUGAAGCCGGUGCUUACCCCUCCCCAUUGAAAUACAGAGGCUUUCCUAAAUCAGUUUGUACAUCUGUGAACAAUGUGGCCUGCCAUGGAAUUCCAGGACCCCUUAAAUUACAAGAUGGUGACAUCAUUAAUGUUGAUAUAACAGUGUUUUACAAAGGUUAUCAUGGAGAUACAUCACAGACUUUUAUGGUUGGGGAUGUUAAUGAAAGAGCUCGAACCCUCGUAGAAACUGCAAGACAGUGCAGAGAUGCUGGUAUUAGUGUUUGUAAAGAUGGCACCCUGUUUUCUGAUAUUGGCGAUAUCAUUUAUACCACAGCUAUAGAUGCUGGUUUUGAUGUUAUAGCUUCCUGCUGCGGCCACGGAAUAGGAGAAUAUUUUCAUGGGCCUCCAGACAUUGUACAUGUUCCCAAUGAUGCUAUGGGUGAUGAACGUAUGAGGUCAGGCAUGGCAUUUACGAUAGAGCCUAUAAUCUGUGACGGUUCUCCUGAGAUAAAAGUGCUCGAUGAUGGCUGGACACUGGUUACGGUUGACGGGAGUAUAUCUGCUCAGUUUGAGCAUACUGUUUUAGUCACAGAUGAUGGCUGUGAGAUAUUAACACAGUAA